UUUCUGAUCAUAGCCUGUCUGCCUGUUCCCUGCAAAGCCAUGUGGCUGUACCUGGCGGCCCUCGUGGGCCUGUACUACCUCCUGCGCUGGUACCGGGAGAGGCAGGUGGUGAGCGACCUCUGAGACAAGUACAUCUUCAUCACGGGCUGUGACUCGGGCUUCGGGAACCUGCUGGCCAGGCAGCUGGACCUGCGAGGCUUGAGGGUGCUGGCCGCAUGUCUGACGGAGAAGGGGGCAGAGCAGCUGAGAGACCAGACAUCAGACAGGCUAGAGACGGUGAUCCUGGAUGUCACCAAGACAGAGAGCAUCUCUGCGGCCACCGAGUGGGUGAAGGAGCGUGUGGGUGACGGAGGAGGGAGCUCUCCUACUUUGGGGUGAAGGUGGCUGUGAUUGAGCCUGGUUUCUUCAACACUGGAGUAACCAACUCUGAGAAGAUUUCUAGGGCCAUCCAGGAAGCAUGGGAUCAGGCCAGCCCAGAGGUCAAGGAGAUCUAUGGGGAGAAGUUUCUGGCAUCUGCCUGUGUGUUCCCCACAAAGCCAUGUGGCUGUACCUGGCGGCCCUCGUGGGCCUGUACUACCUCCUGCGCUGGUACCGGGAGAGGCAGGUGGUGAGCGACCUCCGAGACAAGUACAUCUUCAUCACAGGCUGUGACUCGGGCUUCGGGAACCUGCUGGCCAGGCAGCUGGACCUGCGAGGCUUGAGGGUGCUGGCUGCGUGUCUGACGGAGAAGGGGGCAGAGCAGCUGAGAGACCAGACGUCAGACAGGCUGGAGACAGUGAUCCUGGAUGUCACCAAGACAGAGAGCAUCUCUGCGGCCACCGAGUGGGUGAAGGAGCAUGUGGGAGACAGAGGACUCUGGGGCCUGGUGAAUAAUGCUGGCAUCUCCAUUCCCUUGGCACCCAAUGAGUGGCUGACCAAGCAGGACUUCAUGAAGAUACUCGACGUGAACUUGUUGGGGUUGAUAGAGGUGACCCUGAACCUGCUGCCCCUAGUGAGGAAGGCGAAGGGCCGCGUGGUCAACAUCUCCAGCAUCAUGGGCCGGGUGUCCCUUCUGGGUGGGAGCUACUGCAUCUCCAAGUAUGGCGUCGAGGCCUUCUCCGACUCCCUCAGGAGGGAGCUCUCCUACUUUGGGGUGAAGGUGGCUGUGAUUGAGCCUGGUUUCUUCAACACUGGAGUAACCAACUCUGAGAAGAUUUCUAGGGCCAUCCAGGAAGCAUGGGAUCAGGCCAGCCCAGAGGUCAAGGAGAUCUAUGGGGAGAAGUUUCUGGCAUCUGUCAAGAAAUCAGUGAAAAAGUUGAAGUCAACAUGUUGCAACAAUCUGUACUUGGUGACAAACUGCGUGGAACAUGCCCUAACAGCCUGCCACCCCCGCACUCGAUACUCAUCUGGCUGGGAUGCCAAGCUCCUCUACCUCCCCAUGAGUUACAUGCCUACCUUACUGGUGGAUGCCAUGAUCUACUGGAUGGCUCAAAGACCCAUCAAGGCUCUGUAACCCCAGACUGGGGUGCAUGUGUCCCCCUCCUACAGGAUGGACAUGGCCUGGGGGAGUUAAUGCCCCUUUCCACUGAAGAUACCUCUGACAGGGAUGGAGAUGUGGAUGGCAACCACCAGCCUGACCCAUCAACCUGAGGUGCCAAUUCACAGACCCUGGCUGAAAGGACAUGUCUGUAAUUGGAAUCAUGACAGAGGAUACAGAAACAAACCAGUUGUUGAGUUGUCUUGAAACCUUGAUGUCCAUUGAUUAUUUUUGCCUUAAAAUAAAAAUUGAUAAGUUUACCUAGA